AUGUCUGCCCCGAGCAGCCCUGAGUCGCGAACCCCCACCGGUGUCGGUCCGCCACCGUCACGCGCUGUGCGGCGCCAUGCUGUUUCCAUGUCGCCCGACGUCUUACCUGUCGAGAUAUGGCACAUUAUUAUCAUGUAUUUAGACGAUCGUUGUUUCGCCUGGUUUGUGCUGCGCCAGACGUGUCCCUUUCUGGCUCAUGUGACGGAAGAUGUCUUCGCACGAUACGUCUCGCGUACCUGCAGCCUACGCUUUGCGGGACAGACACUAAGGACCUUGCUCCCUCCUGAUCUCCGUGGUGAUACUCAACCUCCAACCCCCCAAUAUCAGGCCGCGAAUGUGCAGCUACCAUCGUUUCGCUUCCAGCCCUCGUCUUUUGUUCCCGCAAACACUAAGGCCCGGCUUGUUCUGAAACUAUCUUCACCGGCAACUGCUCGCGACACGCCAUCCUUGCACCAGACAUAUGCAGGGACAGCCGACUUGACGAGCCGCCUCACUCAAGUCUUCUUCCAGCCAGGCGCUGUUGCAGACGCCGAACGCACCCGUUUGCUCAACCAAGCGCACUUUGUGCUUUUCAAUGACCAAUUGAAGAGCAUACGCCUUCCGUCGGCUGCUGUCCAUGUUGCUGCCCAGGAACUAUCCCUAGAUUGGCGCCAGCUCUGCCAUACCUUCAUGCGCGACGAAUUCAAGUGUCGUUUUGGCUCCAGCGCAUCGGUCGCUUGGUGGAGAAAGUUUCCUUGA